AGCGGGAGGUGUCGGUCCGCUGUCCAGCCAUGAAGUCGAGCCGAGCGAGCGCGGAGGUGGCACCGGCCGGCCGGCAGCGGCGCCGCGUGGCCUCGUAUCUGGAGCAGCUGCGGCAGCUGGUGCCGCUGGUACCGCUCGACAGGCCCGUCAGCCAGCUGGAGGUGAUCCAGCACGUGAUCGACUACAUCAGCCAGCUGGAGGAGCAGCUGGAGCGGCGGCAGGAAGCGCCGCGGCCUGCCAAGCGGCGCCAGCCCCUGCAGGAGAUGUCGCGCAACCAGGCGCCCGGCCCCGUCUCCGAGCCUCUCAAACAGGUGCAGCCGCGGAGUUCAAUAUAGGCUACUGCUGCCUGGUCUGGCCUCCCCUUCCCACUAGUCAGAACAGAGUCCUCGAGACCAGGACUCCAGAGUCGCCAGAGGCCUCGAGCUGGCGAUUCUGUGAUCGCGGAAGUUCCAGAGCUGAGGACUCCAGGGAUUGCCAGGGUUCUGCGGCCAGGGCUCCAGCAUCGCCGGACCCCUCGGGCUGAGGACUUGAGAAGCGCUGGGCCCCGAGCUGAGCGCUUCAGGAAGAGCCCCGAGCCCGCCCGGACGACUCCUGAAGC